AUGAAUCAAAAUAAAACUCUUCCCUUUCAACUUUGUUUCACAGGUUGUAAAAGAUGCUGUUACCAUUGUAAUUUAGGUAAUGAUCAUCUAAUCAAUUAGGUUGUUAAUCAUGUUUAAUUUCAAUAAAACAAUGUUUAGUUCCCUGUUGUCAAACCAUAUGUGAUUUAAUGAAGACUUUAUGUACUAAAUUGAAUAUCAAAUGUUCUCUAUGUUAAAAUUGCUAUUAAUAAUGUUGUGGUGAAAUAUGCAAUUGUUAAUUUCGUUGCACAAAUCCUUUCCUUAUUUAAGAUUAGAUUCCUUAAGAGCUUUUUGAAAUUCUUUAGAAUUUUGAUCAUCUUGGAGAAUAAAAUAUGUUUUGUUAUGGUAAUGUUCAUAUACUCAAAGAGAAUAUCAUAUAUCCGUAAUCAUGUUGUAUAAAUAAUAUAGAUCAUCAGAAUUACACAAUCCAAUCAUGUUUGCAUAGAAAAUCAUAGAUCAUUCAAAUAAAUCAAUGGCUAAGUAAUUUACUGCUGAAUGGAUACCAAGAUUAAAAUAACGAUUUCCUCAUAUAUUAUAAUUAUAAUGUAAAACUAUAUUAAUUGAAUUUAGUAAUGUUAUAAAGAUAAAUAGAUGGAUUUUUUAGUAAAUAAUACAGAACAUAUUUAUUUUAUGAUUAUAUAUUGGAUUCAUUUUAAUAAGAGUUUUAAUAUCGUAUGAAAAUGGAUAAUUAUUUCUCUUAAAAUGAAUUACUUGCUUAUUUCUUAGCCAUAAUAUCUGGGAUCACUUAUUUGUAAACUUAAGGCAUUAAUCCAUCAUUUAUUGAUUUAAAUGAAGUUUAUUUAACUGAAACUGGAACCAUAAAGCUUUUAGAUCCUUCAUUCUAUCCAAAAAGAUCACCCAUGUAAUAAGUAUUAGAUGAUAUGUAAUUAAAUUUGAUUAUAUUAUAUAGUGUUUAAAGUAAAAAGAUAUAUGCAAAAAUAUUGAAAAGAAAUAAUAAAAUUAAAUAUUAUUUAGCACCUGAAUAAUUGCAAGUGUAUAUUCUAAUAAUUUCUUAUUUUAGGAAAUCAAUACUGGAAAUGACUAGACUCGAUUAAAUUCUUGUUUAUUUACUCUUGCAAUCUAAAUUAUAUAAUAUUCAAUCAUGAAAAAUAUGGAUGAUUGUUAUGUCAAUUAUAAUAUCAAUUAUGAAUUAUUAGAUGAAAGGAAAACAUUAGCUAGCUAAUUUCUAAGUAUAGAAUUUAUGAUGCUUUUAAAUUAAUGUUUAGAAGUAGAUCCAGAUUAAAGAAUUUCAAUAUCAUUAGCAUAUUAAUAAUUUAUUAAAUUACCUGAUGUUCAAAUACUUAUAUUAGAAAUGCCAAAAGAAUUUGGAUUGUCUUAUAAUUCAUUAAUAAUUUAAUAGGAUUUUCAAUUAUAAAUACCAUAAACUAUAAAUAUAGAACCUAAAUUUAAUGAAAUCAAAUAAUAACCAUAAUAACAAUAAUAAAUAUAAUAACCAUAAUAAAUAAAAUCUUAAAAAAAUGCUUUUGAAGAAUUAUUGAAAUAAAAAAAUUAUUAGAUUGGAUAAAAACAAGAAUCUAUAUUUACUAAAAUUCUCAGAGAAAAAAACUAUUAAUUUGGUUAUAAACCAAAACCUAAUGUUAGAGAAUAAUUAGAACUUUAUUCACCAUAAGAUUCAUUCCUUGAUAAAUUGGACAUGUAUCGUUAAUAACCAUUAAUUUUAUAUUAACAAUAAAGUCCUAUUGAAAAAGAAAUUUAAUUGUUUUCAAAAUAAUAAGAAUUGGAUAGAGAUAAUUAAGAAUAUAAAUAUAUAAGAGAAACAUAUCCAAAUGGUUGUAUUUAUGAGGGUUACAAAUUCAAUAAUUAAAGAGAGGGUUAAGGUAUAUAUAUGAUAUUAGAAUUAAGGAAAAUAUAUACAUCCUACAGGAGCAUUUUAUGAAGGUUAAUGGCAUAAUAAUAAGAUGGAAGGAAUGGGUAAAUUUUAUAAUAAUGAUUUUUUAAUAUAUGAUGGAGAAUGGAAGGAAGAUGAAUAUCAUGGACAAGGAAGAGAAUAUAAUGAUGAUCCUGAUAAUUUAGGAGUAGUAAAUUAUAAAAAUUUGAAUAAUAUUGAAUAAAUAUGGAUGACCUAUUAAGGAAUAUUUAAAAAUGAUAAAAGGGAAGGAUAAGGGAAUAUGGAAUUUGUUAAUGGAGCUGUUUAUCAUGGAGAGUUUCGAAAUGGUUUACCUCAUGGGAAAGGAAAAUAUAGUGAUAAGGAUUAAAGGAUUAUUGGUUAAUGGAAUGAGGGGAGAUUUGUAGAUGAUAUAUGA